AAAAGCGAUCUUGUCAUUUCCAUAAUCGACAGUCAUGGUGAAAGUGUGGACGGCAGUGGCUGCGGCGGUGGUGACGUACGCGGGAGCGCAAGGACAUGCGCGCCCUUCGUUUGAAUGCGAGCAUUGGAAGCCACACUAUCCGUUUAAUGGACACUACAACACGACAACCGCUAUCUCGACGGACAAGCUGAACGUGCACUUGAUUCCCCACACCCACGAUGACCCCGGCUGGCUCAUCACGGUGGACCAGUACUUCACGCAGGAAGUGGACUACAUUUUGGACACGGUCGUGACGGAGUUGCAAAAGGACCCCAAGCGCCGCUUCAUGUAUGUGGAGCAGUCGUUUUUCCAACGCUGGUGGCGAGAGCAAUCCAAGGAAACGAAGAAGAUCGUGAAGAAACUCGUCAAGAAUGGCCAGCUUGACCUGGAAGCGAAUGGUGGUUGGGUCAUGCACGACGAAGCGGCACCGCAUUACUCGACCAUGUUGGACCAAACCGCGUUUGGACACAAGUUUCUGCUGAAGGAGUUCGGUGUUCGUCCUCGAAUUGGGUGGCAAAUCGAUCCGUUUGGCCAUUCUUCGACACAAGGCUCACUCUUGUCGUCUGGAGUGGGGUUUGACGCGCUGUAUUUUGCUCGCAUCGAUUACCAAGACUAUGGGAAACGCAAAGACGAAAAAAACUUGGAAUUUCUGUGGAAACCAUCGGCCUCCCGCAACGACACCGUAUUUACUGGCAUGUUGCAGGAUGGGUAUGGUGGUCCCGGUGGAUUCUUCUUUGAAAACGACUCCCCGAUCAAGGACGACCCGUACCUCCAUGACAACAACGUGUGCGAACGUAUCAAGACGUUUGUCGAUCAUAGUCUGGAGCGCGCCAAGCACACGAAAGGCAAUCACGUGUUUUGGCCCAUGGGGACGGACUUUCAGUACCAGAACGCGCACCGCUGGUUCAAGAACCUCGACAAGCUCAUUCAUUACGCCAACCAGGAAGGUCGCGUGAACAUGUUUUACUCGACUUUGGGGCAAUACACGGACUUGAAGUUGCAAGACAAGUCGCUUGAAUGGAGCGUGAAAACCGACGACUUCUUCCCGUAUGCCGAUCAACCCAACGGUUACUGGUCGGGAUACUUUUCGAGCCGUCCUGCGUUGAAGCGAUACGUGCGAGUGGCGAACAGCUUGUUGCAGUCCGUGCGCCAAUUGGAAGUCUGGGCUGGCGCAAAGUCGACUCGAGUGAAUCAUUUGGUGGCGACGGUGGGUCUGAGUUUGCAUCACGAUGGGAUCACCGGCACGGAAAAACAAAAGGUGUCGGACGACUAUGCCCAGCGACUGGGCGAAGGAGUUGGCAAUGGCCAUUGGAGGCUCAACGAGCUACUCGAUACGACAGUGGACUUUUGUUUCUUGGCUAACGUCAGCAUCUGCAACCGGUCGACAACGUCCGAUCCGUUCACGUUUGUCGUGUACAAUCCGCUGGCUGUGGCACAUUCGUAUACCAUUGAACUCCCGAUCAUUGCCAAGAAUGCAGCGGUAGAGCUGGCGAAUGGCACGGCUGUCCCGAGUGUUGUGGUUCCGUUUGUACCAGUAUAUUCGCAACCCAUUGCAAACGCGGCGCCGCAUCAAUUGGUGGUGCAGGCCCACGUCCCGCCUCUCAGUUGGUUGGUCUACCAUGUAACCUUUCCCAAAGCUUCGUCAUCGGAGGAGUCGACUAAGGGAUGGGAUGUGGUGACGGAAUCCAUCAUGUCCGCUGAAAACGAGUUUGUCCGUGUCGAAGUCAACUCGGUCACGGGCUCGCUCGUGUCGCUAACUAACAAGGCGACCCAGACCAAAGUCAACGUGACCUCUUCGUUGUUGUACUAUCAGGCGUAUGGGAAACAAGGGGAUUCGUGCUCGUCGGGGGCGUAUUUGUUUCACCCGAACACGUCGGCGGUGCACAAUUUGCCAGCUAUUUCGGGUCACAAUUGCCUCAAGACGCCGUUGCUGGCGUCAUGUGUGUUUCAAUUUGGCACGUGGGGGUCGUUGCAGUACAAGUUGCGUGCGUGGGAUCACUCGGUGGUUGUGGAAUGGACGGUCGGACCGAUUCCCAUUGACGACGACCAAGGCAAAGAAGUGAUCCUUCGGUUUGAUACGUCGAUCCAGUCCGAGAAAACGUGGUACACGGAUUCGAACGGGUUGGAGUUUGUAAAGCGCGUACGAGACUACCGCGAGACUUGGAACUUGACGCUGCACAACGAAGAAGAAAAGGUCGCAGCCAACUACGUGCCCAUCACGAUUGCCACGUAUAUCCGAGACAAGUCCAAUCAAUUCAACGUCAUCACAGACCGAGCCCAAGGCGCGGCCAGUUUGAAAGACGGAUCUCUUGAAAUCAUGGUACACCGUCGUUUGCUUCUGGACGAUAACAAGGGCGUGGACGAGCACUUGAACGAAACCGAAACGUUGUCGCUAAACAACAACCAAAAACUCACUCAAGGAUUGACCGUUCGUGGAUCGUUCGCUUUGAGCGUGGGGCCGUUGGCUCUAGCCACCGAGCAAUUGCGCGCAGAGAUGAGUCGUCGGUACCUCAAUCCGUUGGUGGCGCUGUCGGCGCACAAUGCGUCGCUGACCCCGCCAACGUCGUCGUGGGCUCCCCGCUUGCCGUUUAACGUGGGCUUGAUUUCGUUGGAAGUCGUGAAUGGUCAUACGAUUCGCUUGCGCUUGACGCAUUUGUUUGCCAUCCAUGAACACCCGCAAUGGUCCAAGGAAGCGACAGUCGACUUGCUCGUGUUACUGGGUUCACAAUGGUCGGUUGAUGGCGUCCAUGUGACAGAGUUGAACUUGUCUGGCAACCGCGUGGUGGGUCCCAUUCAAGGCACGACGGUGACGCUCCAACCGAUGCACGUUCGCGAGUUUGAAGUGACCACCAAGAAAGCCAAAGCUUCCACCGUGUACGAUGGAACGGUGACCAGCUUGGCCGACGCUGGCAAUGACAACGACGAUGAUGACGUGGAAGGGGACUUUUAGCUGAAGACACCAUCGAAAACGCAAUGGCGUUAACUGGCUGUAAGGUACAAAAGGUGUUCGACGUAACGUUUGCCAUGAAUAUUAUACCAGUGUGUGCAUAUAUA